UGAAAAAUGAAGUAGAAGGGAGAAGGUUCUUUUCUUUUCAAUCUCCAUUUCCACCGUUGGGCUUUAGAGAUUUUUUGAAUUGAAUUAUUCAAAAUAUCAGCAUUUUUUUUUGCAAUCAGUGAAGAUAAUGCGUUAAGUAUUGUGCUAGGCGUGAGAUCUGUAAUCCAUUCAAGCAACAGCUCGAGUUUUCUUUGAUCUUUCGCAUAAUUUCCGUAAAGUCAAUGACACCGUUUUCCAACCAGUAAGGUUGGAUCGAUGUUUCGGCUUUGGGCGGCCAGUAAUCUUCUGCAAGGAUCUACUCGUCGAACGUGGAAUUGCGUGAUCAAUUUUGCAACCUUGUUCCGGAAUAAGUUCAACUACUUGACCGAUACCAAUAUGCCACGUUCAAGAAAACGACACCAUUCCCGCAGUCGGUCUAAGACCAGAUCGAGAUCACAUUCUCCUCCAGAGAGAGUUCCUGACAAAAUAAAGAAACCCAUUUCCAAUGAGAAAGAUGGCAAAAGGAGACGACUGGACGAGGCUGUGGAUAGCCCAUUACAAAAAAGAUCAGUUAGUGAAAACCUGAAGGCGAGAUUUUGGUCUCUGGCUGGAGCUGACGAUUUGCCUACGAUGCUUGGAUUAACUUCACUGACCAAACAUAUUUUUUCUAGUUCCGAUCUCGACACCAUUCAACGAGUGGAAGAUGUGCAAGAACCUGCUACCACUUCCAGUGAGGAACCAGAAGCCUCUUCUAGGAAUCUUACUCAAAAUGACAACGAAAAGGCAAUGGAAGUAGACACAAGUGUUGAGGUUGUAGGAAAUGAUAAAGAAGGAAAAUCCAUUAGUGAGUCGGAUAUUGUUGAUGACAAAAAAGAUAAACUGAUGAGCACUCCUAAAAAAGGACUCACGCCCAGACAGUUGGAGAAACUGCUUGAAUCAGAGAAAAAGAAGCAACAAAAGAUAAGGGAAAGAGAGGAGCGCGAGAAGCAAAAACAAGAUGAGAAAGCUAAAAUUUUAGCUGAAAAACAGAAACUGAAAGAGCAAAAAGAAGCUGAAAGACAAAAAAUUCUGGAAGAGAAGCAGAAGCAACUAGAGCUUAAACAGAAAGAAAAGGAACAGAAGGAGGAACAAAAGAGAAAAGAGCGAGAAGAGAAGGAAGAACAAAAAAAACGGGAACGUGAAGAGAAGGAAUUGAAACGGAAAGAAAAAGAAGAACUGGAGAAAAAAAUUGAAGAAAAAAACAAAGAAAAGCAACAAAAAUCUGUUGCUUUAUUUGUUAACUUCUUUAAGAAAUCAGAACCAGAAGGAAAGGAAAAUAAAAGCGAAACAACUAAUUAUUCCAAUUUCAUGCCCUUUGCAGUAAAAUCUGAUAUGAGAUUGCCACCUGCCCGAAGAAAUCCCUUAUCAAUCGAAGAUAAACAUAAGUUGGAUUUGGCAUUGGAAAACAAGACCGAAAAUAUUUUAUAUCUCCAGGAACUCAAAAAUGGUAAAAUUUGUAUUGGAAAAUCAACUAAAACUUGGCCGUAUGAAGAUUCUACAGAUGAGGUAAUGAUUGUUGAAGAAGACAAGGCUCUAGGAGAAAAAAUUUGUGACACUACUUCUGAAGUUCGCAAAAUGAAGGCCAAAUUUUUACAUUUCGUUGAAAAUAGAAGACCAGCUUACUUUGGCACGUGGCGCAAGAAUAGUAAAUUUAUUAAACCUCGAAAGCCAUUUGAACAAGACACUGAAUAUUUCAAUUACGAAGAAGAUUCUGAUGAUGAUUGGGAGGAAGAAGAACAAGGCGAAUCUCUGGAUAUAUCAGGUGAUGAAGAGGAAAAAGAUACGGAAAACGAUGAGAACGAUUAUGAGAUUGAUAACGAUCUCUUCGUACCUCAUGGUCAUUUAAGUGAUGAUGAGAUAGAUGAUGAAGAAGGUGCUCGAUUAUCCCCAGAAUCUCUAAAACAAAAACUGAAAUUACUAAAAGAUGAAUUUGAUGUAGAUAUAAAAUCCAAAACGCAUAAGCUCAAACCACGGUCAGUAGGCGCAGUGUGGAUGAAUAAACAGGGUGAUAAUAUUGAUGGACCAAUUUACCGCUAUUUAUCACCUUUUUUGGAUAUUUUUGAUGAAGCAAAACGAAUCAUCAAACGGUCAGAAAUAUUCGCGUCUCCUACAGAGAAAAAGAAGGUUAAACUUUCAGAACUUCCUGCUGAACACAUUCCUCACUUUUUAAAAAUCAUCCAUGGCAAUGUUAAUAAGAAAAUUAAAGUUGUUGAAGAAUUUCUAACAUUUAUGACUAAUAGUGGCCAUAAUGUUGACGUAUCAAAGGCUUGCCUAACAAGGUUUAUUAAAAAAUCGGCUCAGUAUAAAAGGGGUGCAGCUGAUGGCCCUAUGAAAAACAAAUUCGGCUGGUUUGUUAAAGAUGAUGUUAAAGAAAAAUAUAAUGUCAAUUUAGAUUAA